UUGCUACAAUGCGCGCUAUUUGGCCGAAGCUCCCCGUGCUGCCCUCUAGCCACGUAUCAGCCCCUCUCCUCCCUCUCCUCCCUCUCCUCCUUGUCUGCCUGUUCUUGUUUCCCGUACUUGGGUUUGAUCAGGAAGAACCAUAAACUUGGGAAACAAACGCUGGAACAAAUCUUUAUGACAAUGAAGCAGAGUUCAUCUGAGGCUGUCCCGUCUUUUUCUUCCGUGCCCUCUUCAACUGACCAAUCACAGGCUGCCACCUCAUCGUUGUCCUCUUUGGCGUCUGCGGACAAGACCGGUAUAGUGUCUUCGUCGGCGGCGGCGGAGGACCUGCCCAUGGGUCCGAGGGAUGGAGGCGGCGCCCAGGAGAUGGUCACCGUCGAUCGCCGGGGCGAGUACUCCGCCGUUUGUCGAUGGACAGUACAUAAUUUCCCGAGAAUAAAAGCUAGGGCACUUUGGAGCAAGUACUUCGAGGUCGGAGGCUAUGAUUGCCGCCUCUUAAUAUACCCUAAAGGUGACUCCCAGGCUUUGCCAGGUUACAUCUCCAUCUACCUCCAAAUCAUGGACCCCCGGGGCAGUUCGUCGGCCAAAUGGGACUGCUUUGCAAGCUAUCGUCUAGCAAUUGUGAAUGUAGCUGACGAUUCCAAGACCAUUCAUAGGGACUCGUGGCACCGGUUUUCAAGUAAGAAGAAAUCGCACGGGUGGUGUGAUUUCACGCCUUCCUCCACUGUAUUUGAUCCGAAACUGGGUUAUUUGUUUAAUAAUGAUUCCGUAUUGAUAACGGCUGAUAUUCUCAUUCUUAGUGAGUCUGUUAAUUUCACACGAGACAACAAUGAAAUGCAAUCAUCGGCAUCAACUUCAUCAUCCGUGAUAUCUUCCUCUGUGGUUGCGGGACCAGUGUCCGAUGUAUUGAGUGGGAAAUUCACUUGGAAAGUGCAUAAUUUUAGUUUAUUUAAGGAGAUGAUAAAAACACAGAAGAUCAUGAGCCCAGUUUUCCCCGCUGGGGAGUGUAACCUGAGGAUUAGCGUGUACCAGAGCUCGGUUAAUGGGGUCGAAUAUCUGUCAAUGUGUUUGGAAAGCAAAGAUACGGACAAGACAGUAGUGUUGUCUGAUAGGAGUUGCUGGUGUUUAUUUCGAAUGUCAGUCCUGAGCCAGAAGCCAGGCUCCAAUCACAUGCACAGGGAUUCAUAUGGGCGGUUUGCAGCUGAUAAUAAGAGUGGUGAUAAUACCAGCUUGGGUUGGAAUGAUUAUAUGAAGAUGGCAGAUUUUACGGGGCCUGAUUCAGGGUUCCUGGUGGAUGACACUGCGGUUUUUAGUACAUCAUUUCAUGUGAUCAAGGAGUUUAGUAGCUUUUCUAAAAAUGGGGCUUUAACUGGGGGAAGAAGUGGAUUUGGUACAAGGAAAUCAGAUGGCCAUAUGGGAAAGUUCACAUGGAGGAUCGAAAAUUUCACCAGACUGAAGGAUAUAUUGAAGAAGAGGAAAAUUACAGGUCUUUGCAUCAAGAGUAGGAGGUUUCAGAUUGGUAACAGGGAUUGUCGUCUCAUUGUUUAUCCACGAGGGCAGUCUCAGCCACCCUGCUACCUUUCAGUUUUUCUUGAAGUUACAGAUUCAAGAAAUACUUCCAGUGAUUGGAGUUGUUUUGUUAGUCAUCGGUUGUCAGUUGUGAAUCAGAAGAUGGAAGAGAAGUCUGUCACUAAGGAAUCCCAGAACCGCUACUCCAAGGCUGCAAAGGAUUGGGGCUGGCGUGAAUUUGUGACGCUUACAAGUCUCUUUGAUCAAGAUUCUGGUUUUCUUGUCCAGGAUACUGUUGUAUUCUCAGCAGAAGUUCUUAUAUUGAAAGAGACAUCAAUAAUGCAGGAUUUUGCUGAUUAUGAGUCUGAGUUGAGCAGCGGUGGUUCCCUUAUUGACAAGUAUCAAAAAAGAAGUUCAUUUACAUGGAAAGUGGAGAAUUUCCUGUCUUUUAAGGAAAUAAUGGAGACUAGAAAAAUCUUCAGUAAAUUCUUUCAGGCUGGUGGAUGUGAACUUCGGAUUGGGGUUUAUGAGUCUUUUGACACCAUAUGUAUUUACUUAGAGAGUGACCAAGCUGUUGGAAGUGAUCCAGAUAAAAACUUUUGGGUGAGAUAUAGGAUGGCUGUCGUGAAUCAGAAGAAUCCAGCCAAGACAGUGUGGAAAGAAUCAUCUAUCUGUACAAAGACUUGGAAUAAUUCUGUUUUACAAUUCAUGAAGGUGUCUGAUUUAUUGGAAGCAGAUGCAGGGUUUCUUGUCCGUGACACUGUUGUUUUCAUGUGCGAAAUUUUGGAUUGCUGCCCUUGGUUUGAGUUUUCAGACCUAGAGGUUUUAGCUUCGGAGGAUGAUCAGGAUGCUUUGACAACAGAUCCUGAUGAACUCAUUGACUCUGAGGACAGUGAAGGAAUAAGUGGAGAUGAAGAAGAUAUUUUCAGAAAUCUUCUUUCCCGAGCUGGGUUUCACCUGACAUAUGGAGAUAAUCCUUCACAGCCGCAGGUCACUUUAAGAGAAAAGCUUUUAAUGGAUGCUGGUGCAAUUGCUGGGUUUUUAACUGGACUUCGAGUUUAUCUCGAUGAUCCUGCGAAAGUGAAGCGUUUGCUUCUUCCGACCAAACUUUCUGGUAGUUGUGAUGGGAAGAAGGUCACUAAGUCCGAUGAGUCUAACCCCAGUUUGAUGAACUUGCUGAUGGGAGUUAAAGUGUUACAGCAGGCAAUCAUUGACUUACUUUUGGAUAUAAUGGUGGAGUGUUGCCAACCUUCUGAAAGGGGUUCUGUUGCUGAUUCUCUUGAUGCAUCAAAAGUUUCUGUAGAUAGUAAUGGAGCUGCUAGUCCUCUGGACUGUGACAGAGAAAAUGGAGCAACAGAAUCUGCUCAAAUUCCUGUUUAUGAGAGACUGGAUUCUGUUGCUGAUGAAAAUGGUAGCACACCUGCUGUCCAAAGCUCUGAUUUAAGGAGUGAUGCUAUUCAGCAAAAAACUUUUUCUGGACAGCCUAUUAGUCCUCCAGAAACGGUUGCUUCUCAUUCAGACAAUGCAUCCUUUCAGACAAAGACCAAAUGGCCAGAGCAGUCUGAGGAGCUCUUAGGUUUGAUUGUCAAUUCACUAAGAACCUUGGACGGGGCUGUUCCACAAGGCUGUCCUGAGCCAAGACGACGGCCUCAAUCUGCACAGAAAAUCGCGCUUGUACUAGACAAGGCACCUAAGCAUUUGCAACCAGACCUGGUUUCUCUUGCACCAAAAUUGGUUGACCAUUCUGAACAUCCACUGGCAGCCUUUGCUCUUCUUGAGCGACUUCAAAAGCCUGAUGCAGAGCCUGAUCUGCGGAUACCUGUUUUUGCGGCCCUUAGUCAGCUGGACUGUGGUAGUGAAGUGUGGGAACAGGUUCUGUUCCAGUCAUUUGAGCUUUUAACAGAUUCAAAUGGUGAACUCCUUAUGGAAACCAUGGAUUUUUUAUUCAAAGCAGCAUUUCAGUGUCAGCAUCUCCCUGAAGCAGUUAGAUCUGUUCGUGUCAGGCUAAAGAUAUUAGGUUUUGAAGUUUCACCUCAUGUCCUUGACUUUUUGAGUAAGACUAUAAAUAGUUGGGGGGAUGUUGCUGAAACCAUACUGAGGGACAUUGAUUGCGAUGAUGAUUAUGGUGAUAGCUGCUCAGGGAUGCCCUGUGGGCAUUUCUUAUUCAAUGAACAUGGAACUGCUCCCACUGGAUUGCAUGUGGUUGAUGAGCGGGCUUUCCAAGCUAAUCGUCAUUUUUCUGAUAUAUAUAUGCUAAUUGAGAUGUUGUCUAUACCUUGCCUUGCUGUUGAAGCUUCUCAAACAUUUGAGAGAGCUGUAGCUCGGGGUGCAAUUGGUGCUCAGUCUGUAGCCUUGGUUUUGGAAAGGCGCCUCUCCCAGAGACUGAAUAACAGCGCUAGAUGUGGAGCUGAGAAUUUUAAACAUUCAGAUUCUGUAGCAGAUGGAGAUGGUAAUGAGCAGUUGGGAGUUCAAAGGGAUGAUUUUGCUUCAGUCCUUAGUCUUGCUGAAACAUUGGCCCUAUCUAGCGAUCCAUGUGUGAAAGAAUUUGUGAAAUUGCUGUACACAAUAUUGUUUAGAUGGCAUGCCAAUGAAUCUCAUCGAGGAAGGAUGCUGAAGAGGCUUGUUGACCGUGCUACCAGCCCCACAGAUAGUGGUCAUGAAGUAGAUUUUGAUCUGGAUAUCUUGGUUACUUUGGUCUGUGAGGAGCAGGAAAUUACAAGACCUGUAUUGAGCAUGAUGCGCGAAGUUGCUGAACUCGCAAAUGUUGAUCGUGCUGCUCUAUGGCACCAGUUAUGUGCUAGUGAAGAUGAAAUUAUUCGCAUUCGUGGAGAAGGAAAAGCCGAGAUUUCCAAUUUGGCUGGGGAAAAAGCUAAUGUGUCGCAAAAGCUGAGUGAGAGUGAGGCUAUCAUCAAUCGUCUCAAGUCUGAAAUGAGGGCUGAGAUGGAUAGGUUCAAUCGGCAAAAGAAGGAGCUAUCGGAACAAUUACAAGAAACUGAGAGUCAGCUUGAGUGGCUUCGCUCAGAGCGAGAUGAUCAAAUGGGAAAGCUCUCUGCAGAGAAGAAGGCUCUUCAGGACCGUCUCUAUGAUGCAGAAACACAACUUUCACAAUUGAAGUCCCGGAAACGUGAUGAAUUGAAGAAAGUAUUGAAGGAGAAAAAUGCACUUGCUGAGAGAUUGAAGACUGCUGAAUCUGCAAGGAAGAGAUUUGAUGAAGAACUGAAAAGAUAUGCGACAGAGAAUGUGACCCGGGAAGAAGUCCGGAAGUCACUUGAGGAUGAAAUUCGCAGAUUGACACAAACAGUUGGACAAACUGAGGAAAAGAGGAGAGAGAAGGAGGAGCAGGUUGCAAGGUGUGAAGCAUACAUUGAUGGCAUGGAAUCUAAAUUGCAGGCCUGUCAGCAAUAUAUUCACACGCUGGAGGCUUCACUACAGGAGGAAAUGUCACGACACGCCCCUCUAUAUGGCGCUGGUCUGGAGGCACUGUCGAUGAAAGAGCUAGAAACGCUAUCACGGAUUCAUGAAGAAGGGUUGAGGCAGAUCCAUGCCCUUCAACAUCGCAAGGGGAGCCCUGCUGGCAGUCCUCUUAUGAGUCCCCAUGGUCUCCCACAUGGCCAUGGAUUAUAUCCUUCUGCACCUCCCCCACUGGCUGUAGGACUCCCACCUUCACUCAUUCCCAAUGGGGGAGGCAGCCACAGCAAUGGGCAUGCGAAUGGCGCAGUGGGACCGUGGUUUAACCACACUUGAAAUUAUUGGGUCAUAUAGGCUUCUUCUGAGGAUAUGACAUCUCAAUCUCAAGGGAUGUCGUUCACUUUGACCGGUUAUUUCUUUGGCAUAUCGGCUGGUAGAUCUGUUGGAGCCAGGAUGCUGUGUAAAGGGAAUAAACAAAAGAUAGAAAAUGUGAGCGGAGUCCAAUUGAACUAACAGUUGCAAAUGCCAUAUCCGUCAGCAUCUUACUUUUUUUCAGAGAGAGAAAAAAAAAAAAACAGAGAAAGAAUUAUAGGGUUUUGUUUUUUCGGCCCUUUUUUUGAGCCUCAGGUCAAUCGCUGCUCUCUAGUUUUUUUUCCUCAAGUGGUGGGGAUCCUCAAUUGAGGACUCAAAUCUUGGCUGGGAUUCUUCCCCAAGAAGGAAAAUCUUAUUUUCAUUGAGAAGAGUAGAAAAGAAAAUCUUGCUUCCAUCAGAUUUGGAAUACCAGAAGAAGAAUUAAUUUGCAAGUUAUUAAGGUUU